GAACCUUUCAAUUUCCCAAAUUUCGGGACAGAAUCGGAAUGUUUUACUUCAGUAGUGAUGAUAAUCACGAAGAAAGAGGUUAUGAAAUACGAAUCACACAAAUACCGAAAUCGUGUUUCAAUAAUCAUAACUAUGGCUUUGCUGUCAAACCAUCGUUCAUAACGUCAACUCCGACACCAUAUCUGACAACUUCUUACACGACAGUCAAUAAUACAUAUUAUACUUGCGAUGAAAUUAUUAGUUCAGAGAUUCACGUCAUUACGAGUCCUAAUUAUCCGCAAAACUAUCCGGCGAUCACUCGCUGUGUCUAUACUUUUCUAAAAUCAAUGGCAAACGUAUGCCAAAUGAGAAUUAAAAUAUUAGACAUGGACUUAGAACACACCAGACAUUGUGUCAGUGAUUAUCUUGUCAUUGAAUCCACUGGAGAACGAUUUUGUGGUCAAUUUCUACAACAAGAAGAUAAAAUAAUAAAUUUUCCGAGUUUUUCGCGAGAAUUGCGAUUAAUAUUCAAUUCCGAUCGACAAACAACUCGUACGGGUUUUAGACUCCGAGCCGAACAAAUUCCGGACUCUUGUACUCAUCCCGUCAUUGAUCACAGAAUUGGAGACACAAUCGGCAAACCAAUUGUAGAGCAAAUACCACUCGAUCCGGUAAUUGUAGGCAAACCUAUCAAUCCUGUCAUAACAAAAAACGUGGGCACAUAUCCAGCAAACAAUGCAAUCAAACCUUUGCCACAAAUCUGUUCGUCUUCGUCGACAAUUGUCUCCACAUUUGUCAGCGACAACUAUCCGCUCCCUUAUAACGCAUACACUAAUUGUGUUUAUAAAGUGAAAGGCGAGCGAAUUGUUGUCGACUUCGGGACUGAAAAACAGGAAAUUAACAUAAGAUUUCAUACGGAAUCCGCUGUCCGUUACGGCGGUUUUAAGAUACAGGCGCGACAAUUGGACAACAAUUGCGAUCACCAUAACUCUAUUCCACACGAAUUCAGUCCCGGAUCCACUGAAUCGUGCAGUAAAAUGCAUUUCAGUGAAAAAUCGUUACAAAUUCUGAGCCCACACUACGAUAGCGGCAGUUAUCAGCCAUUCCUGGACUGCGAGUACACCGUCCGGAAGUCCACUUCCGAUAUCUGUGCCCUCGAAGUGAAGUUCGAUGCGUUCGCUUUGGAGGAAUCGAAGGCCUGUUAUAAGGAUUACUUGCAAAUCGGAGAAAUGAGACUCUGCGGCAAAUUGCCGUUUGCGGCCACACGCACAUAUGAAUUCAAAAGUGACGAAAUUGCCAUUAAAUUUCACACCGAUGCCAAUGGAAGUGACGCUGGAUUUGUGAUCAUGGUCAAACAGAUUCAGUGUUGAAUUAAUUUAUACAUUCAUUUAUAAUAUAUUUUAAAAAGUAAAAAUAAAUUAACAGUUUUCCAAAUUGUCAGGACAGUAACUUAUUGCCAAUUUUGUACAUUUGCAUCGCAACUGCAAAUCAUUCCCUUAUUAUAAACAC